AUGAGGACACGGCGCUCGAACCGCACCAAGAGCUACACUGUUGAAAAAUACGACUUUGAGAGCAGCGAGGCAGAGGCAGAGGCAGAGGCGCCGCCCCGACGCCGCAAAAAAACCGUCGCCGACGAUGACGCGAGGGACGCAGAUUUUGACGAUGCUGCUGCCGCCAACAAGAAUGACGACAAGGGCGACGACGACAAAGAUGAAGACGUAGCAGGUCCAGUUCCGGGUCCAGAGGCGGACGCAGAGGCAGAUGCAGAGGCAGAGGCGGACGCAGAGGCAGAGGCAGAGGCAGAGACGGAGCAGCAGAAACCGUCCCGCCGCCGCGUCAAGAAGCCCUCCGUCAAGGCCCUCAAGGCCCAUCGCGCCGCCGCAGGCCCGGCCACCUACCGCGAACUCGAGCCCGUGCCCUCCGACAGCCACGCCGUCAAGAGCUACAUCGGCCCUUACGACCGCUGUCUGCGCGGCCAGUCGCUCAUCAAGAUGUGGUUCGGCCCGCACCAGGACGCCGUCCGCGACACCCAGCGCCUACUCGACCGCUGGACCGCAUGGCCCGUCUUGCCCCCAAAGGUCCUGCCGCGAGAGGUCGUGCCCGUAGGCGGCGACGGCGACGAUGACGGCGACGAGUGGCGUCCUCUUGGCGAAAAAAAUCUCUGGCUGAGUCCAGGCGCCGCCGAUAGGGAGGGCGAGUUGGCCCGGCAGUGGCGCGCCCAGCUCGGGACCGCAUCCUUUGCCGCCUCCAGGAUCUUGACGGAAAGCGCGGCGGCGCCCUACAUGCUCCCGGAUCGCCCCCUUUCCGUUCUCCUGGGGCCCUAUCCGGCUCAGCGCGUCGUUACCUUUCGGCCCGGCGAUGCGUGUUGCCUGUCGCGAGCGGGAGUCCCCCUUGACCAAGGCGACAGCAACAACAGCGAAGCAUCAGACGAAGACGAAGACGAAGACGACGACAAAGUCCCCAUUGGUUGGAUGAUCGACGCUGGCGGCAUCGUCGUCGGCAUGGACUGGGCGCCGAGCGAUCAACAGGACCCCCAGCAGAGCCAGCUCCUCGCCCUAGCCGUCGUCCCGCACGUCGACCAGGAGACGUACGACUAUGAGACGGAGCACCAGAAACCCGACUUUCAGCGCCACGGCAUCGUCCAGCUCUGGGCCCUGGGCGCCGAGCGCCUGGCCAACGGCAUCGUCAGGCCCUCGACCCGCCAGCGCCCGACGCUGCGCAGGAGGCUCUGCUUCGACGGCGGGCGGGCGCGCAGGGUGAGGUGGAGUCCUGCCGGUGGGCAUCUGGCCGUUCUCUGCGGCGAUGGAAGCGUGCAUGUCUUGGAGAUUGGCGACGAGGACACAGACGGGGCAUACGAAAAGAUUGAAGAACCGCUCGCCACCCUGGCCCUGUGGGACGAAGACGGCAUUAAGGCAACAUCCAUGGCCUGGGCCACGUACAACCGGCUCGUCGUCGGCUACUCGGACGGCUCCCUCGCCCUGUGGUCCAUCCACCCGGCGCGCCUCCUCGGCCGGCACCCCGUGCACCACAGCGAGGUCGUCGACGUGGCCACGGGUGCCCCGACGAUGCCGUACCUGGUGGCCUCGUCGCCCGUCGGCGGCUCCGUCAAGCUCGUUGACGUGUGCUCGCCCGGCUGCGAGACGACCGAGGUGCAGAUCAACGCUGUCAACAGCCAGCCCAACAUGCUGGCCUGGAGCGACCACGUGCUCGGCUUCUUCUCCUCGUACCCGUCCGCCAACGCCCUCAACACCAUGGUCGGCUUCGUCCACCACCGCCACUUCCCCAUUGUCCGCCGCAUCUUCACCGGCGAGUGCUUCCUCUCGUGCAUCGCCGUCGGCCGCACCCACCCCUACCUCCUCGUCGGCACCUCAGACGGGUCCCUAUGGAGCCUGAACCCGCAGUGCGAGCUCUUCAAGGCCCGCCGGCCCGCCCAGGACCGCAUCCGCAUCUUCCAGCACGAGCACCGGCCCCCCGGGCUCAUGCCCCGGGACUCGCCCGCGCCGGCACGCGGGGCGUCGAGGAUUCUGCACGGGUUCACCAUGGAAAAGAAUCUGCACGCCAUGUCCGAGGGCAGGGCGCCCACGGCCAAGAAAGGGGCCAAGAAGGGCAAGAAAAAGGACGACGACGACGAUGACGACGACGAUGACGACGACGGAGCCGAUGAAGCGGGGGGCGGUGGCGACGAGCCGUUUUCCCUCAUGGACCCGACCCGCGGCAUCUUGCACGAGCCCCUGACGAGGAUCACGGCGGUCGAGUGGAACCCGAACCCAGGCUUCGGCUGCUGGGCGGCGGCGGCUCUGGGGUCGGGGCUGGUGCGCGUGCUGGAUCUCGGACUUGAGAACGCUCGCUGA